AUGACAAGAUAUACUAAAUUAGAAAAGAAAAAGUAUGAAAAAGCUGCUGGAUUUAACAUUAAGCCACUUCAACCAGAUAAAGAACGCGUUUGUAACGUUAUAAGGAUAAUACUUAAUUCAUUUGUUUGUUCAGAAAUUAAAUCGAAAAGGUCAGAAAAACGUAGACAGAGAAGAUUAAAAGAACGGCAAAACAAAACUAUAUGUUUUGGAUGUAGGAAGAAAGGUCAUAGCGUUAAGGACUGUACAGAAGCAAAAGAACAAGGUGUAGGCAUGUGCUAUAAUUGCAGUUCAACCGAACAUAUUGCCAAAGAUUGCAAAAAAACAAUUAAACGAGGUGAUGAAUACCUUUAUGCAAAAUGUUUUAUUUGUAAUGAGCAAGGACAUCUUUCUAGACAAUGUCUAAAGAACGAAAAAGGAUUAUAUCCUAACGGUGGUACAUGUAGAUUCUGUAGUCAAGUAACUCAUUUAGCUAAAGAUUGUACAUUGAAAAAUCAAGCUAUUGGAACCUCCGUUGUAGUAGGCAAAUUGGAUCUGCAACAUGGUGCUGAUGAUGAUGAUUUUCAUAUUCAGGUUCUAGAAAUGUCUGAAGAGAAAUUGAAUACUAUCAAAUCUGGAAAGAAUAAAUUAAAAAAGAAAAUUGUGAAAUUUUAA